AUGUAUGCCAUGGACACUGUACGAGCUGUUCAGACAGACUUCUGCCGUGGAGUCUAUGAGGACUCGAUUCUCGAUUCCAUGAUGAUUGAAAUGGGAGAAGACAGCUUCAUGACAAACCUUGUCCACGAGAAGUACCAGAACGGCGGUGGUAUUCGGUUUCUGCCCCACUGUUGGGCCACAUCCUUCAUGCCGGAGACCUGGAGCGAGUACCUCGCGCAACAGUGCCGAUGGAAGCGCUCGCACAUGGGAAAUCGUGUGACCAUGCUCUUCAACAAGCCCAAUGCCUGGCUUUGGAAGCCGACCCGCUGGGUGUUCUGGCCCAUCUACGUCGCUUCCUUCCUUUGGACGCCGUUCCUGGCCCCGGCGACGCUGACGCUGUGGUUCUCCUUUCUGACCGGCCGCUUCCUGGAGCGUUUCUUCGAGAUUGAGGAAAUGACCUGCUCUCCUUUCCCCUGGAGCUCCCUGGGGACCCCAGCGCGCCAGAGCCUCCCGGCCUUGAUCCACUCUCUGCUUUGGGUCGUGCUGACGCUUUACGCCUUUGCCUCCGCGGGCUGCUCGGUAGCUCAGCGGCGGUGGCUUCACACAGCAGGGACGGCCUUCUUCAUGCUCCUGGGAGCCUUGCAGAUGGCAGUGCUCCUGGCGGGCUACGGCGCCUGGAAGAAUCCUCUCUUCUGGGGAUCCACGCUCGGUGUUUGCGUUUUGAUGAUGGUAGCGCAAGCCCCGCAUGGCCUGCGGAGGAUGUGGGCCGGACUGCUGAUAUUCGUGGUGCCCCUCACAACCUUCAUUGAGAAUCUGCAGCAGCCGAUUGUGGCUGUGGCCAACGCUGACGGCUUGGGGGCCAAGUGGGGAACCCGUGGCAAGGCUUCGAAGAGCCAGCAGCGGCGGUGCUUCUGCAUCAGCCAGAAGAUGGAGUCUGAGACAGGUGAGGAGUGCCAAAAGCAGUAUGCCAGAGAGAUUCGCUUGUGGAGCCGACGGAUUUUGCUGCCACUCUGGCUGGCGGCUAACUAUGGGCUCGGCGAGUGGGUUUUCCAGAUGGACUUCGUGGAUGCCGUUGCCAUCACCUUGUCCCUGAUGAUGGCGGGCUUCAUGCUCUUCCAUCUUUGCCUGG